AGUCAUUAAUAAGGUAAACUCAAAGCUUUAGCUACCUGUAAAGAACUAAAUUACCAUUUUAAUACCCCAUAAUUUAGAAGAGUAGCGAACUAGUAAACAAGUAAAUAACAAGUGCAAGUACACAACAGCUGCCGCAACAAUGUUGGAGAAUAGGGAAUUAUCGAACCGAUAGCGUUGGUCGCACUGAAAAACUCCACUAUCAAGUUGCCAUGGAUGGGAGACGAAAUGAGAGAGUACAUUAUUGGAGAGUGAACAUGACGUUAUGUUUUUCGGCGUUACAUGUAUAGCAGCCAUUUAAAUUCACAUAGUUUUUAACGUUAACAUUAAAAACGGCAGCAAUGUGAUAGCUAACUUUUAACCGUUUAUUUUUUUUACACUCAACAAGUAAGAAAAGACCGCAUAUUCAAAACAAAUGAGAUCCUAUCAACAUUGUAAAAUAAACAAAAAAAAAAAGAUAAUUUAAAAUGCAUUAUUAUAUGAUUUUUAUAAUAACGGUCAUACUUCAUAAAUUAUCUAACGCACUGGACACCACCAUUUGCACUAAUGAUGGGACAUGUGAAUGCAGAAAUAACAAUGUAUCCUGUACCAAAUAUAUCCAAGAAGCACCAUUCAUUCUACCCAACAACACUACAACCAUAUAUUUUGUGGAUGUUCCAAUUACAGCAAUCAAUAAUAACACGUUUGUUAAUGGAAACUUGCAGAGUCUUACAUGGGUGGCAAGUAAGAUAAUGAUUAUCGAUGCCUUAUACAAUUGCAACGAGCUACAAUAUUUAGAUUUAUCUCAAAAUAAUAUUCAAAAGCUAUCAGAUGAUACAUUCAAAAAUUGUUUCAAAUUAGAGUAUGUUGACUUAUCUUACAACCAAAUUAGUAUUUUAUCAGACAAUUUGUUCUCAUAUACAAAAAUGUUGGAGACAGUUAAAUUAGAAUACAACACUUUCAAUAUAAUAACACAAAACAUAUUUAAAGAAAAUAUAAAUAUAAAAAAACUUAGUAUAGGCAAUUCAAAUUUUUUUAUUCUAGCUGAAAAUGCUAUGUCGAAUUUGAAUAAAUUAGAAUAUCUUAAUAUUGAAAAUAGUGGAAUUGAAUAUCUCAAUAAAAGUUCUUUUGGUGAUCAUAAUAAGAAUUUACAUCAUAUUUUACUAAACAAUUGUACAAAUUUAAAAUCAAUUGACAAUGCUCUUAUUAAAUCAGCUCCAAAUAUUGAAACUAUUGAACUCAAAAAUUGUGGAUCAAUUUAUUCUUUACCACCAAAUAUUAUUUCACUCAAAAACUUAAAAUCUCUACAAUUGUUCGACACAGAAAUCCAACCUAAGUGCCAUAAUGGAUGGUUCAGCCAGUGGUAUAAUAACAAAAAUACUAUUGUUAUUGGAUACCAAGGAUAUUUACAAUUUAAAGAGAACAUAAAUAAUCAUGAUUGUCCAGCAAAAAUAUAUUAUUUUAGUGAUACAAAUACAUUAACAUUAACCAAAAAAGGAAUUAUUAAUUGUAUGGCAUAUGGAAAUCCACGUCCAGCAAUAACUUGGUUGGUACCUGGUGGCUUAACAUUUCAUGAAAAUAAAGAAGCAGAUGUAAAUAUAUAUAAUCAUCCAGAUGUCCACAAUUGGGAUUUAAAGCAAAUAGAUAAUCAACCUAUUUUAAUAAGCAAAAAUGGAUCUUUACAUAUUUUACGAAUGUUGAGAAAUAGUAUAGGCAAUUAUACUUGCUAUGCAUCAAAUGAACAUGGAAAUGAUUCUAAGAUAGUAGAAGUACAUCUAGAUAGUGGAAUAUUUUAUAAUAUCAAAAUGAAUGCAAUUAUAUUAGGAAUAACAUCAGCAAUGGGGUUUCUAAUAUUAACCAUACUAUGUUGUGCAUUUAAGUUAUUAUUAAUAAGACUGAAUUGUAUAAAAAAAAGAAGUAAGCCAACAGAAGCAGAAAUGGAAACCACAGAGCAAAAUGAUGUAUAGUUUUAAAAUAAAUAUGCUGUGAAAUUAAUCUUAAAAGAUAUUCAAAUAAAAAUACAGUCGAAUACUCUUAAUGGGGACACCGCAUACAGGAGCCAAAUAAGCAGAGUCCAGAACAAACGUAUUCGUUUUAGACAAUUUAAAAUUGUUUAUUGAGGACAAAACAUCGGUUAUAAGAUAAAACAAUCUAUACAUACCUACUUUCUUAUCAAAACGGUAAUUGUCUAAUAUCUGUCUCUCAGAUUUUAUAGAAUAAUAAUGUUUAAAAAAUAACAAUUACCUACAUAUUUUACUUUUA